GUAGGUGGCAGGCAAGGCGUCUCCCGGUUCAGUUCGCAGCUCUCUCUGAUGAAGAAGAAGAAGAAGAAGCAUCUAGGCGUCCCCCCUUGCCCCUUCUGCGCGCUGAUUAACACGACGUAGGCUUUGUCUCUUCCACAUCCUUUUGUAGCCUCUGCGCUAUCAAACCAUCACUGACCACUAAGACACCCAGUCAUGGCUGCCGAACCUAAUUAUCGACGAACAAAACCUGGUGUUAGGACAGCUAACAUUGCUAGUUCAAAUGGAGCUGCUGGGCCCUCGUCACAGAUUCCGGGCUUAUCUGCAUCUGCCGACAUCACUCCUGAAGAAAAAACGAAAGGAAGACGUGUAGGAAUUCAGGCCUCCGACUCGGAUUAUGUUAAACUUGCAAAACAAGGAGGACAGAAGGGUUUGUUGAGGCAUGAUGACCCUGUGGAAACUAAAUCUUACUGUUGCUACAAACCCGCUAGUUGGUUCUCUGACACAGCUGAUGAUCAAGAGAGCGGAAGUAAUGCUACUACCCCUGAUGGAAUCAGCAAGUCUAAAGGGGUCUUACAACACCUGGAGGCCCCAUUUGGAACUGAUAACUGUUCAGCCUGGGAUUCUGGUAAAAAGGAUGGCAGCCAUGCAACAUCGGAGAUGCAGAAACUCUCCCUAAGCCAAAACGAAAUUGCAGAAGCCAACAAGUUCAAGAAGAUUUCCCAUGAUAAGAAGGCGGUAGCUCCAGUGAACAUGUCCAAACUUUUAAGUUUUGGUUAUGUUGAGGAAGAGAAUAAAUCUCUCGAUGAUGAUGCUUCAAGCAUUACCUCUGAGCAGACCAGCACCAUUGCACCAGAGGAUGAACUGGAAUAAAGAUGAUGUCCCC